AUGAAUCUCGCCGUAAUUCCCAUGAUCCCCAUCACGCUCACCGCUCUAAUUGGGAUCAUCACUAUUCCUAUACUUUUCCUAGCUUCAAUCCCCAUUGCAUUAUUCGUCUUCGGCACGGCCAUAUGCGGGUGUAUCGCCGUUGUCGUAUUUGGCCUCUUCUCGAUGUUCGUCAUCAGCCCCGUGCUCCUGGUGGUCGCGGCUAUAGUGUGGACCUGCGUGAUCGCCUAUAGGUCGUGCAAAUUAGUGUUUGUGAUUAUAUUUGGGCUCGUCGUCGAUAGGGGAUUCACAGGAAAAGGAUUGCUGAUUGCUGGAAGGACCAUAGAGGGAUUGAGUAUGGACAUGGGCCCUGUACUCCUGGCGAGUCUCUACGGGAUACCAAUGAUAAUCAUUGUUCUUGGGGUUAUUUCCGGUAUCGGCCACGCACUAGCCGCUUUCUCAACACAUGCCAUGGAUAUAGUUGUUUAUGCCUGGUUGUGGUUCAUGAUGAGUAUGCUGAUCAUGUUCGGUAACUUCUCAGUACUACUAGAGAGGUUCCGGAGACUUGGGAGAUGA